AUGGAUCCGCUUCUGGAGGUAGUAUUAGGGGGGAUGCGGGGAUCCUGUGCCAAUUCUUCAUCCCAGCAUCUGUGUGAGUUUCUCAGAAGCGCGAGUGAAAAUGCAAGAAAGCAUGACAGCCAGCAGACUGCCAAUGUGCCUCUACCAGUAGCCAACUUACAAUGUGGGACAACAGUAGGAAUUAGAGUGCCCACACCUUUGUUGGGGUCAGGAGGACCAGGGGAUGAAGCCAGGCCGGACUGGUCAACACUGAUGCUCAGGGGUUCCUUCUACCCUCCCAGUACAUUGGCUAUUGUAAGCAGAGCGAAGCCCCGACUCCGUACUUCCCCCUGCCCAGGCGACUUUGUGUGCUCUGUGUGCCACAAGAUAUUCCCUCUACAGCGUAUGUUGACUCGCCACCUAAAGUGCCACAGCCUGGUAAAGAGACAUCCUUGUCGAUUCUGUGGAAAAGGUUUCAAUGAUACCUUUGACCUGAAGAGGCAUAUGCGAACACACACAGGAAUCCGCCCCUACAAGUGUGAGCUGUGUGAGAAAGCCUUCACACAGCGUUGCUCUCUGGAGUCCCAUAUGAGGAAGAUUCAUGGUGUCCACCAACAGUAUGCUUACCGUCAGAGACGCUCCAAGAUCUUUGUGUGUGAGGACUGUGGUUACACCUCAAGUCGCCCUGAUGAGUACUUCCUUCAUGUGAGACAGUGUCAUCCCGGCAGUCCCGUACUACGCAGGUACUACCGGCGCCAGGCCAAUGAGAACAGCAGCCUUGUAACAGUAGACUGUAAACUCAACCCCUAUUUGCAGUACUCAUCCCCUGCAUAUUACAUGUAG